AUGCCUCAUGAUCACAAUGGUGAUGUCCAAGUCUUUGAAAAUCUCAGCAAGGCCCAAGGUGAGACCCAGGUUCUCAAGGGUCCUCAGGCCACCUUAGCAGAGGAAGGAGAACCCCCUUCCUCUUCUUCUCUUUCUUUUGGGGGUGCUCCCCUGAGGACCCAGAGCUUACCUGCUGCUGGGUCAAUUAGCACUCCCCAGGAGCCUCAGAGAGCCCUCUCCACCACCACUGCUACUUCAGGCACAAGAUCUGAUGAAGGUGCCAACAGCCAAAAUGCAGAAGGCCCAAGCACCUCCCAGGCUCCAGCCUCCACUAAGCGUUCAUGCCGAGAUCCUCUAACCAAGAGGGCCGGUUUAUUGGAGCAGUUCCUGCUGUACAAGUAUAAAAUGAAACAGCCCAUUACCAAGGCAGACAUGCUGAAGAUUGUCAAACAAAAGUACAAGGACCAGUUCCCAGAAAUCCUCAAGAGAGCAGCUGAGCGCAUCGAGAUUGUGUUUGCAGCUGAUGUGAAGGAAGUCGACCCCAUCACUCAGUCCUAUGCCCUUGUCAGCAAAAUGGAUCUUCCCAACGAUGGGCGCGUGUGUGGUAGAAAAGGGUUGCCCAAGACCGGUCUACUGAUGACUCUCCUGGGUGUGAUCUUCUUGAAGGGCAACCGGGCCACCGAGGAGGAGAUCUGGGAAUUCCUGAAGACGAUGCGUGUAUUUGCUGGGAAGAAGCACUUCAUCUAUGGGGAGCCCAGGAAGCUCAUUACCAAAGAUUUGGUGAAGCUGAAGUACCUGGAGUACCGGCAGGUGCCCAACAGUGAUCCUCCAAGCUAUGAAUUCCUGUGGGGUCCCAGAGCCCACGCUGAAACCACCAAGAUGAAAGUCCUGGAGUUUUUGGCCAAGAUCAAUGAUACUGAUCCCAGCGCCUUCGCCUCCCGAUAUGAAGAAGCUUUGAGAGAUGAGGAAGAGAGAGCCCAAGCUAUAGAUGCAGCCAGGGCUGGCAGUAGUGCCACGGCCAGCGCAUACUCCAGGGCCAGUGCAGCUACUGCUAACACCCCUAGUGAAAUAUGAGACUCUCUUUCCACCUAGAGAAGCUAUUACAACCUCACAAUAGGGAUUGGCCUGGAAAUGUGAAAGAACUUCAAAGUAAAAUUGUGGAUUUAACAAAAUAGAAAAAAAUAAAAUGACCAAUCCUCGGUUUCUCUUUUUCCUUUUAGUUUGUCAUUUUGUAGAAGUAAAUGGUCUUUACCUUGAAGUGCUGACCUCAUUCAAGAGUGCAGGAGAAAUGAAAUCCCAAUAAGUUAGACCUCUUGCUCACUGGCUAUUUUGUUUCCCAAACAUUAAUUGACCAUCUGCUUUAUGUAAGAGUCUGUGAUAGUACUGGGUAUACUAAGAAUUUUGUUGUUUUGUGCCGUUGAGUUGAUUUCGACUCAUAGUGACCCUCGGAGUUAAUGGACGGCACACAACAACAACAACAUACUAAGAAUUUUAGAGUCUGUGGGCUUCACCCAU